CUUUCUUUUGUUUACCCACCUAACCUUAGCUACGCGGCUAUGGAGAGAGCAUCACCGCUGGACUCAUUCAAGUGACCUGCCCGGAGGUGAGGGUCACACCAGGAUGGGAUGGCUCGCGAGGCCGUGCCAAAACUGAGGCCAGCUUCUCAUCCCUCCGCUGCAUUUGGAGCCGAUGCUCAUUUUUCCAUUGCGGCGUGACAGCGGGGCUCCUGGAGGAAGACAGACCCUGGACGUGGUGUGUUUUCAUGCCUGAGGAUUUAUGAUGACUGCAAAGUGAAAUAUAAAUCAGCUUUUGUUCAUGUGGCCAUCUGAAGCAGAUAAACACUUACACGGCAUUUACUUUUAACUGAAAGAAAACGACAAAAGACGCCUGUCUGGGAGGUCGACGGACGUCUGUUUCAACCUGUUCAACAGCAUAGAUGCCAGUCAGUGAACAGCAGAGAUCAUGGGCCUGCGGCUCAGGAGACAGAGAUACCUGCAGGAAGGUAGAGAGAGAGACAGAGGUCAGAGAGGGAAAGCACAGACUACAGGAGAGAGAAGACGCAACGUUCAUGACAUGCAGAAGUGUCACAUGAAUGCAGUUGGAGCAGAGGAGAGGUGCUCAGAGCUUUAAGGCAGAUCCCACAACAUUAAGCUAUGGCACAGAUUCAUCUGCAGCAGCCUCGGCUAGAAUUAAACCUGAUUUGAAAGGAAGUUUGAGGAGAGAAGGUGUCCAACGCUUUGAAGCUGGGGGUUGCUUCAAGCUGAUAUCUGAAAGCUCUGCCUCCUGCAAAUACAAGUGACUGAGUCAAUGGACCAGAGAAAGUUUCCUGGAGCGAUGUCCAGGCAGAUGGAUGCAUCAUCUAAAAGGCGCUCCGGUGGUGGUGGAGGUGGGAUGAACUUCCCUCCUCCGCCGCCUCCCUCCUCUUUCAGCCAGCAGGGCCGGAUUCGGGCGGUGGAGGUGGCCAGAGGGCGGACGGGCUACGGCUUCACGCUGUCGGGCCAGAGCCCCUGUGUCCUGAGCUGCAUCCUGAAGGGGAGUCCGGCGGACUACGUGGGGCUGCGCUCCGGGGACUACAUCCUCUCCGUCAACGACAUUAACGUCUCCAAGGCGUCGCACGAGGACGUGGUCAAGCUGAUCGGACGCUGCUCCGGCGUCUUGAAGCUCGUCAUCGCCGAGGGGGAGCGGCACAGGCGGCACCACCACCACCACCAGCGGGCGGCGGGCGGCCGCCACCACAGCAGCAGCGCCGCGGCGGCGUCUUACCUGGACUCCUGCUCCAGUGACGACGAGCUGGACGGUUUCUAUGACAACAGCGUCAACAACAACAACAACAGCCGGUCGGCCUGCGGAGGCCGCGCAGGCUGGUACAAACCCAAGCUGGACUCCAAGCAGCUGGGCAUCAACCGGGCGGAGAAGGUGGUGGCAGAGCUGCAGUCUGGAGGGAUCUUCAACAUGAUCUUUGAGAACUCCAGCCACUCCUCCAGCAGCUCGGACAAGGACAGACCCGGGGCCAGCUCCUCCUCCAAGCCCCGCCCGCUCUCCGACCCCGAGUUCCCUCCGUACCGCUCCUCCUCGCGGUCCCAGAGCAACCCCAACCUGCUGUCCGAAGAGGAGAUGGCUCAAGUUCUCAACGACGACUCGGUCUUCCUGGAGCCCGACUUCCGGCAUCUCCACCUGCACCAUCACGAGGAGCAGGAUGUGGACGUAGGGGACGGGGGCGACCUGGGUCUGGAGCCCGCCGAAGGGAUCCUCAACGUGGGAAUGAUCGUCGGGUACCUGGGGUCCAUCGAACUGGCCUCCACAGGGACGAACCUGGAGAGCGACAGUAUCCAAGCCAUCCGAGGGAGCAUGAGGCGCCUCCGGGCCGAGCAGAAGAUUCAUUCACUGGUCCUCAUGAAGGUCAUGCACGACAGCGUGCGGCUGUGCAGUGACAGAGGUCAGAUCCUCGCCACCUACCCCGCAGAGAAGCUGGCUUUCAGUGCGUGUUGCCCCGACGACCGGCGCUUCUUCGGCCUGGUCACCAUGCAGGCCACCGACGACCACGACCACUUCUUCAACGGACGGGACGACGAGGCCGGCUUGAGGACUUCCUGCCACGUCUUCAUCGUGGACCCGGAGCUUUGUCUCCAUCAGGUCCACCUCGGAGUGGCCAUGAGGUUUGGCUUCGAAUGCACUCCUGAUCCGGACACCGGGGGCUGCCUGGAGUUCCCCCCCAGCUCUCAGCCUCUGCUCCAGUUCGUCUCCGUCCUCUACCGGGACAUGGGGGACAACAUCGAGGGCGUCCGGGCCCGGGCCUUCCACGACCCGGACAACGACGCCCAGCAGAACCACAGCACCAGCAGCAACAGCGACAGCGGCAUCGGGAACUUCCUCCCGGAGGAGAAGAGCAACAGGGUGCUUCUGGUCGACCUCGGGGGGCCGCCCAAUCACAACCACAGCUCCGGGCCGCGCCUGUGGGACAGCCCCCCUCCGUCUCAGCAGGCCUGGAGCCCCACCCUGGGAGCAGCGGCAGCCGCCGCUCUCCCGCCUCCGCCCCCUCCCCCUCCCAUGCUGAGAAACGGCCACUACCGCCACGACCCGCACCUGGCGGACCUCCCCCACCCCCUCCCCCUGGCUCACCCCGACGUCCCCGGCAGGCACUCCCGAGGCGUCCACCCACACCACUACUCCCCGGGCAAGCUGGGAGGAGCCGCGGGGGGAGGAGACAGGAGGGUGGGCGGGGGAGGCGCGGGGGCGGAGCCGCAGCGCUGGCUGCCAGUCCAUGUGCUGCGAGACUGGCGGCAGCAGCACCACCACAGCCACCUGCAGGGCCUGAGCAGCGACCAGGAGUCCUACGCCGAGUCCACCGACGGCUGGUCGUCCGCCAACUGCAGCACCCUGCCGCCACCCAUGAGCAAGAUCCCGGCCGACCGCUACAGGGCUCCGCUGGCCCCCGGGGACCACCUGCCUCCGCCCGGAGGGAGCCAGCCGCCCCCUCCCUCGCACCCUCACACCCACCGGCUGGCCGUCCACAAGGAUGAGUGGGCCAAGAAGCUGUUCGGCUCCGGAGAACGGGAGCGCGGCGGAGCGGAGAAGAAGCGAGGAGGCAACGCCAAGGACGCCGAGAAAAAGGGUGGACGCUUCCGCGGUCUGACCAUGGGAUUCCCCCCUCUGGGCCAGCGCUCUGCGGCCCGCCGCUCCUUCGGACGCUCCAAACGCCUGAGCCUGGCGCGCUCCCUGGACGACCUGGAGUCUGCUGCAGUCUCUGAUGGAGAACUGAACAGCGUGGAGCUGCAGGGCUGCAGCAGCGACAACAGCCUGAACAGUAAUGCCAGCCUUCCCAGCGUCCAGAGCCACCGGCGCCACACCGAGCGGAGAGUGGCCAGCUGGGCCGUCUGCUUCGAGAGGCUGCUGCAGGACCCCGUGGGGGUCCGCUACUUCUCGGAAUUUCUAAAGAAAGAGUUCAGCGAGGAGAACAUCCUCUUCUGGCAGGCUUGUGAGUUUUUCAGCCAUGUCCCAGAGAACGACAACAAGCAGCUCUCUCAGCGCGCCAGAGAGAUCUACAACAGCUUCCUGUCCAGUAAAGCCACCACUCCGGUCAACAUCGACAGCCAGGCUCAGCUGGCCGACGACAUCCUCAACGCCCCCAAACCCGACAUGUUCAAGGAGCAGCAGCUGCAGAUCUUCAACCUGAUGAAGUUCGACAGCUACACGCGGUUCCUCAAGUCUCUGCUGUACCAGGAGUGCAUGCUGGCGGAGGUUGAGGGCCGACCUCUGCCGGACCCAUACCACAUCCCCAGCAGCCCCACCUCCAAACACAGCACCACCGGCUCCGACCGCUCCAACCUCUCCACGCCCAAGAAGGAGGACAAGAAGAGCAAAUCUGGUCGAUCUCUAAAUGACGACAGCCGCGAGGAUUUAGGCGACCGGAGGAAAGGCAUGUUCUUCUCCUGGUCUCGCAACAGGAGCUUCGGCAAAGGCCCCAAGAAACGAGAACUGACGGACUUCAACUACAAUUUCUCUGGGAGUAACGGCCGCCGGGAGUCCCAGGGUUCGCUGUCGUCGGGAGCCAGUUUGGAGUUACCGGGAAAGACGGAGGCUGACGGUUCUCGCGGCGCCGAUCGAGGAGGCGGCAGCGCCCCCCUGAGGCAGUGUAACAUAAGCUUGCCGGACGGCUCGUGUUGCUCCGUGCCGCUGAGGGCCGGCGUGUCCAUCAGGGACCUGCUGCUGGGCCUCUGUGAGAAGCUCUGCAUCAACCUGGCAGCUAUCGACCUCUUCCUGGUCGGAGGAGAGAAGCCACUCGUUUUGGACCAAGACUGCAUGACGCUGUGCUCGCGGGACCUCAGGCUAGAAAAGCGCACUCUUUUCAGACUGGACCUGGUCCCCAUAAACCGCUCGGUGGGUUUAAAAGCGAAGCCCACGAAGCCAGUGACCGAGGUCCUCAGGCCCGUGGUGGCCAAAUACGGCCUGCACCUUUCAGACCUGGUGGCUCGCAUUAGUGGGGAGUCGGAGCCUUUAGAUCUAGGCCUUCCCAUUUCCAACCUGGACGGGCUGCGGGUGGUGUUAGAUAUAGCAGAAAACGCCCCUGGAAAAGAUAAACAGAAAGUCGCCGCCGCCAAGAGUCACCUUCAGGCCUCCACAAGCAGAAACCAAUCAACGACAGGGGAGGACAGGCCGUCAGGGAAAGCCGGUCCGGCCCACCCCCAUGGGGAAAACGGCAAGGCCGGGCCCAGCCCCGACACGAGCCGCCAGCCCUUACCCAACCACUCUGUCUCUCUCCAUAAGGCUCCGGAGAAACGAAAGCAGAAAAAGAUAAAUAUAGACGAAGCUGAAGAGUUCUUCGACCUCAUAUCCAAAGCUCAGAGCAACCGAGCCGACGACCAGCGAGGCCUGCUAAACAAGACCGACCUGCAGCUCCCAGACUUCCUGCGCCUGUCGCCGGCGGCGACCGACCAGGCCGCGCCGCCCCCCUACGACCCCGAGCCCAGCUGCUCCACCCCCAACUCCCGUAACCCCGACAACGGCAGCUUCCCCAGCGGCGGUCGCCGGGGCAAUAAGGCGAACGGCAACGACAGGGGGGGAGGGGGAGGAGGAGGGGGAAUGGCAGGGGGCACCCACCUGCUGAACGCCAGCCAUCAGUCCCAGAGCCUGGACUCUGCGCUGGGCGCCGAGAGCGGAGGCGGGAGGAAAGCCAGGCCGCCCCCUCCCUUCCCCGGCGCCGUCUCCCCCAUCCACCCGGCGGGCCAGGGCCCGCAGCGCGGCCUCCUCCUGGACUCCGGCAGGGGGGAGUCGGUCCAGAUGCUGGAGGAGGACACCCUCUCCGACCUGACUCUGGUGGGGGAGGCGGACCUGAACAGCCCCAGCCUCAACUACGUCACCCCCUCGGCCGUGCCGUGCAAACCCCACCCCCGACCCCAGCAGCACGCCCCGGACGCCCGGCCCAGCUCAGGUACCUCCCCCGUGUGAAACUUUCUGAAAACCUCUCAACUCUCACUCCUCACUUCACGCGACCGGGAUUCGGACCGGAGGUCCGCCGAGGUCGCGGUGAACCGACCCACUCCUCGGCCGCUCGCUGAAUGCAUCCCGGUCUCCUCCCCGACUCACGUCUCACUGAAAAACACACGUCUCACUUUGGCAACGCAACUAAUGUGACAGGUAGAGUUAAUAAUGUACAGUAGGAAGCGGCCCGGGCGGCUCGGGCGCCGCGAGGCGAGAGGACAGACGGAUGCAUUGGGCUCGGACGCCGCUCCUCCCCGCCGCCUCCCCGUGUGCCGUGCAUCUGUGUGAACCUUUGAGCGGACUUGCUGUGGAUUGUUUUUGUUUGUUUUCCUCUCAAGAGCGAGCUCCAGUGUCUUUGGUGAUGUCCAGUGCCAAACUCCAAAUCUCUAUCAGCCCCUUUUUCUUUGUACAGAAUCUAACAAUGCACUUUAGCCAAUUACAAACAAGACCUUUAAAAAAAAAAAAAAAAAGGAAGAAAAAAAUCAUUUUCUUUGCUUCUUUUUGUUGUUUUUGUUUGUUUGUUUUUUUUUUUUACUUUGCGAGAAAAACAAAGGAUCUCUGCUGAAUCUCACUCCAGAGUGUUGCAGCGGCUCCGGCGCCACGCUGAUAAGUGGGCCAUGUGGUAUUUUCGACUCAUUACAUGCUUUUAAGCGCGCCGCAGACCGACGCCGCGGACCUGACCCCAUAAAUACAAACAUAUGCAGCAGCAGCAGCAGCGCUCUCAUUCGCUCAGCUGUUCUUUACCGUCCCGAGCACAGUGCACUCUGUGUUUCCUCCCCUCCUCUCUUACCUCGGGCCAUUCUCGUGUCACUCAUUUAAAAAAAAAAAAGAAAAAAAAGAAAAAGAAGGAAGGACACAGUAUGGCGAGCUCUCUUGCGGGCGAUCCUCUCAGACCAAA